AUGACAUCGUCUCUCCUCCUCGUCACCCAAUUCCCGAGUCAUCGCGAGCGACGCCAGCUGCGUCCCCUGCACCCUUCGUCAUUCGCCAGCGUCCGCCACCAUGUUGCCAUUGCUUUUCCGGCCCACCGAAGCCUGCGUGGACUAGGCCUCGCUGUCCAUCAGACAACCUCAUCUCGGUACUCCUCCGUACAGCUCCACGCGCGGACGCCGUCAUCGCACGUAGCCGUUGCCUCUGUCGUGAUGGCACGGCAGUCGUACGAGCGCGCCGUGCCGUCCACCUUGCGUCGCCGCUUGGUCCAGGAGCGUGCGGCCCUGUCUCACCUUGGCUCGCCGCACCGCCGAGGCGGCCGUCGAGCUGUCAUUCCCAUGCUAAAGCCGAGAAUCGAAUGCCGCGCAACUUCGGACGCUAGACGCGCCACCGUGGCGGCCAACUCCCCGUCGGCAGCGACUACUGCUAGGCGGUGCUAG